AAGAGAAGGAAGACAUACGUCCAGAAUGGCUCACGGCGCCGCCGGGCCGACUAGCUUUCUCUCUAGAAGAUGGCCGAGCUCCGUGUUCCUCGUCGUGGUCCUCGCCGUCUCGGCGGCAGCGUGCUUGCGCGUCGCCGCUGCACAAGCCGGCCGCGCGAACCCCAGGCCGACCGAAAGCGGCGGCAGGUUCCUGGCAUCGGCCAUCGUCAGCCGGAGAAUGGAGGGCGACGCGUGCCGUGCUGGCGGCUCCGGGGAGUGCGGAGCGGCGCCGGGCGGGCGCCUCAAGUGCUGUGGCGGCGCGUGCACUAACGUGCUCGCCAGCCGGAGCAACUGCGGACGGUGCGGGGCGCGGUGCCCGUUCGGCCAGCUGUGCUGCGGCGGGCGGUGCGUCGACGUGGUGUACGACGGGGAGAACUGCGGCGCGUGCCGACGGGCCUGCCCGGCCGGGCUGCCUUGCGCCUAUGGAAUGUGCGGCUACGCUUAACAAGGUGCAUGUGCAGCUGCAACAUUUCUUGGAUUUAGCUUAGGUAUAUACAGUUGGUGCAUUUGACAUGGAGAUGGAGGCAAUUACCGAGUGUGUUGUUGAUUAAAGUCUGUGCUUCAUAAGGAGUUAAUUAUGCAUUUCGAGUCGAGAACUCUCUGUAAAUUGGGAUGUUUUUG